UCGAGGUGGAAUUGAUUGCCUAAUGCAGGGAAACAGACGCCGUGUGUAACUGUUGUGUCAUAAGCCAUACGAGCCCUCGCUUCGUAUUUGUUCGCUGUUAUCUCUCGCCGCGAUCUCGUUCUGUACCACACAGUACAGCUUUCAUCAUAAGCCAGAUCACCUCUACUUCAGGACGCACACUAAGAUCUCCCCAUGGCAACCAUCGACGCUCAGGUCCUCAGGGAAAUGAUUGAACGAUUUCGAGUUCUUAUCAUAGGAAGAGCAAAUGCAGGCAAAACGUCCAUCCUUCACAAGGUCUGCAAUACCACGGAUGAACCAGAAAUUUACGAUACCAAAGGACAAAAGAUCGAUGCGGCAGUCGUGGAAUCAUCGAUCAAGCGUGGAAAUCACGACAUCAGAAACGAGAUGGUGUUCAAAAGUAAUCCCACUUUCGUCUUCCACGACUCAUGCGGGUUCGAAGCGGGUUCUGAAGAAGAAUUCGAGGACAUGAAGAAUUUCAUCUCGGAACGGGCAAAGGCGACAAAAUUGGAGGAACGACUUCAUGCUAUUUGGUUCUGUAUUCCAAUGGACGACCAUUGUCGAACAUUUCAACGGGGCGGAGGAAAAAUUCUUCUUGGAGUGCGACACCGGGCACAUUCCCGUGGUCGUGAUAUUCACCAAAUUUGACGCUUUACGUCCAAUC